AUGCUGGACAUCCAGAAACAACAAGGAAGACUGCCCAGAGCAUCUCCAGGCUGCUCCCCCGUCCCGUGCCUUGGGCCUCCUCCUUUGGGAACACGCAGAAAAAAUCUAAAUGACUUUAUCUGGGGAAGUAUGUUAACUAACGUCAAAGUAUUAGAAGUGAUAGGUCGAGGAAUUGGGGCUGAGUAUUUUUCGGACUUUGAUGAACUAAAACGAGGUCUAUCGUAUUCUCUAGUCUCUUCCUCCUUUUACCUGACCCUUUUGAAACCACCAGGGAAUGUGUGGUUUCUUAUUCUUUUCUCUGAUUCCCUACUUAUCCACACAGUGUCUGGCAACAAUAUGCAACUCACAAAUGAAAAGCUUGCAGACGAGAAACCCAUUAAUGCUAUCAUUAUAAAUUCAGUAUCUGAAUUCAAUAUCACAGAUGGACCAGCCAAGGAAACCCCCAGUGAGAAAAAACUGUCAGAAUCCAGCACAUCACUGUCCUCCCUUGAAGAAUGCCAAACGAAAUUUUCCUACCUCCAAACUGAUACUUCAGUUCAUCAGAGAGACACUGAUGAGGAGUGUGCCUCCCUUAUCCUCACCUGUCUGUUUUGCCAGUUUUGGGACUGUCUCCUGAUGCUCCCGGAUACGUGCGAAACGGUGUGUACCAACCUGUGCUGCCCCUCUCACAGGUAUCACCACACCUCGGAUGAAAGCCACUCUCGGAACGAUUGCAGUUGCAACUGUGACGUGGACUGCAGCUUGUUUGAGUCUUGCCACGAGACCAGUGAGUGUCUGGAGCUAGCUAUGGAGAUUUCCGAAAUCUGUUACCGCUAG